UCGCAGACUCCACGGCCACUCGUUUCUGACCACAUUCACCGGCGGCUAAACGAAAUGCUGGCCGCGUCCCUCAAGCCGCCGCCGCCUUCGCCACCCUCCCUCUCGGCCUCCUCCCCGUCCACCCGCGCUCCUUCCCAAACCACCGUCACCUGUCUCCCCCGCCGCCGCCGCCGCCACCGCCGUCUCCACCUCUCCGCCGCCGCGACCGCCGAGAGCGCCGGCGCAGGCGCGGCCGUCAGCCCCGAGGAAGCUUCCACCUCCACCGCGUUCGAUGAGGCGCGCCUAGCCCAGUUCGCGGUGGACUGGGAAGCUGUGCGCGCGGACAAGGACCGGGGGAGGGUCCUCAGGCUGCCCGUGGUGCGGGCCAACACCGGUGGGCUGAUCCUCAGGUACAACUCCCUGCAGGGGUUCGUGCCCAACCCUCUCCUCAGCCCCGCGCAUUGGUGUAAAGAUCCCAAAAGGCCUAUUCAAGAUAUCACAAAGGACCUAGUCGGCUCGUCCAUUUCUGUCAAGGUGUCUGAAGUGAAUGAGGAAGAAAAGAAGCUUGUAUUCUCUGAGAAGGAUGCCAGUUGGUCAGCUUACUCUUCUCAAGUCAAGAUUGGUGAUACCUAUGACGGGAUUGUUGGUUCGGUGUUCCACUAUGGUGCAUUUGUUCACCUACGAUUUCCUGAUGGAAAUUAUCAUCUUACUGGUCUUGUACAUAUCUCCGAGGUCUCUUGGGAUCUUGUCCAAGACGUCCAAGAUUUUCUAAAUGAAGGCGACACUGUCAAGGUCGUAGUAGUGAAGAUUGAUGCGGAGAAGUCAAGGAUAGCUUUAUCAAUCAGACAAUUGGAGGAAGAUCCUCUGCUGGAGACAUUGGACAAAAUUAUUCCUUUGGAACCUGAUCUAUCACCUGAUGCUCAAAUCACGUCAUCUCCUGCCGAAGUUGAACUUCUUCCGGGACUUGAGGGUAUAUGUAACGAACUAUUACAAGAGGAUGGUAUAACAGAUGUACGGUUCGGGCGCCAGGCACUGGAGAAACGUGUGGUUUCACAAGAUUUGGAGCUUUGGCUUUCUAGUGUGCCAGCAAAAGACAACCAGUUCAAGCUUCUUGCUCGAGCUGGGAGACAGGUGCAAGAAGUAUAUUUGACAACUAGCCUAGACCAGGAAGGCGUAAAGAAGGCGGUACAGAGAGUUCUAGGCCGCGUUCCUUGAGCCUGACGUGCAGCUGAGUUUGGAGUUUGGACAGAAGACCCCAGUUCCCUAACCAGGCGAAACGACAGCGCAGAAAAGUUCGCCGCUGUUUCAACAUUCAGCUGAAACUUGGUCUCAAAUGGAGAUUACAUGACCGAAAAGCUGUAAUUUUUUGGCAGCACUACAAUUGAGUAGGUAGGCAUGCUAGUGUGCAUGCCAUGGCUGAGCUGAACCCUGAACCUCACCUGUAUAUAUGAAAUUAUGAAUACGACGUGUUACUGGCUUGCUGCCAGCAGAGACCACGAAGCUGCUUCA